CUCAUACAAAGUACAGUAUAUCGACUUCACCAGUACACCCAUCCCGCAUCCCGACAUGGGAGCCAUCCUCUCCUCCUGCUGGGACCAUCUUCCUCCUCUGAUGGACAUUCUCCUCCCCACCCCCGAUGUCUAUCUCACCUUACUGAACAUCUUCCAAUACUUCCCGCUGUUCACCAUCAUCCAAUGGCUAACAGCCUGGCACCCGGCCGGCAAGACCUCCAUGAAGAGCUCCCUCUUCAACCUCCCCGGCCGCUGGGCCUGGUUCGCCAUGGAGAUCGUCAGCCCGGUGAACCUGCUCUACGUGCUGUGGAAGCUGCCCCUCAAGCUCGCCGACGCCCACCGCACCACCACCACCACCACCACCAAUUUUGGUUCGAAUGCCAAUGCCAAUGGCUCUAUCUCUAUCUCUAUCCCCCUGCCCAACAAACUCCUCGCCGCCCUCUUCGUCGCGCACUACCUCAACCGCGCCGUCAUCUCCCCCUUCCUCGCCGCCCCCAGCAUGUCCCCCAUCCACCUCUUCAUCAUGGUCUCCGCCAUGCUCUUCAACUGGUUCAACUCGACAUGUCUGGCCGGCUGGUUGGUGGGGUACGACCCGGUCUCCCCCUAUCACCCUUCCUCACCACCACCCAACACAGCAGCAGCAGCAGGAAAGAUAAUACCCUCCCUCGGCCUCGCGCUCUUCCUGGCCGGCAUGGCCGGGAACAUCUACGCCGAACGCACGCUCUUCCGGCUGCGGCGUGAGGAGGGCGCGAGGAGGGCGGCGGCGGCGGCCGCUGAUGCUGGUGGUGGUGGUGGUGGUGGUGCUGCUGCUGCUUCCUCCAAAGACCCUUCCCCCUCCCCCUCCCCCUCCUCCUCCUCCUCAUCCAAUUCCAAACCAUCAUCACCCCCCUCCACUUCCACUUCGAAAGUGUAUGUAAUCCCCCCACCAUCCACCCCGCUCUUCGCCUCGAUCCUCUACCCGCACUACGUCUGCGAAUGGCUGGAAUGGACCGGCUUCGCGCUCGCGGGGACGGCGGUGCGGUCGUCGGCGGAGGCGGGGAUGUUGGGGUUGCGGUUGGGGUUGCGGUCGUAUAACAAUCCCAUCACCACUACGGCCACGGCCGGUACCGUAGCAGCAGCAGCAGCAGCUAGCGGACCCCUCCAUCUCGCUCCCUGGCUUCGUCCCGCGGCGCAGCUCGCCGCGGCCGUGGGGCUGCCGUUCCCCGUGCCGGCGGCGGUGUUUGUGGUGAACGCGGUGACCAAUAUGCUGCCGCAUGCGCGGUGGGGGCGGAGGUGGUAUGUGGAGCGGUUUGGGGAGGAGAAGGUUGCGGGGAGGGGGGCGGUGGUGCCGUUUUGUGGGUGGUUUUAGGGUUGCGUUGCUUUAGCAUUCACGAAGGGAGGGUUGUAUUUUGGUUUCAGGGAGGGAUGAUGAUGGGAAUACGAAGUUUGAGGGAUGGUUUGUAUACUACUUGAUUAGAGGGGUUGGUUUGUUAGUGUAUGCUUAGCCAUGUAGAACUAGUCUGGGAGUUUUUAGCGAUCGAAGCAAUGGCUAAGAUACUAC